AUGGCAAAUGCAGGUGCAUGGAUGUGCUAUGUAUCAGGAUUUGAAGAAACUAAAGGCAUUGAAGCAAAAAGCUUUCUGCAGCAGAGAAGUAAAGCAACAUGGAUAAGGAUUGGAGAUGACAACUCAAAAUGUUUUUUCUCUAUAAUUAAACACAAGAAACUUCAAGAGGUCGUUAUGCAGUUAAGGGAUGACAAUGAUGUUAUACACAUAGAACCAGAAGAGAAUGCCAAGAUAUUUGUAGAGUAUUAUAAAGAAUUAUUGGGGAAGAAAGCAGUAGAUAGAACAAGAGCAGCAAGAAGAAUUAUGAGGAAUGGACCUGUGUUAUCAACAACACAACAGAUGGAUAUGAUAAAACCAUACACAUAUAAAUAUGUGAGGGAUUCUAUAUUUAGUAUUGACAACAACAAGAGACCAGGCCUUGAUGGAUAUGGAAGUGAUCUCGUAAAAAUGGCAAGGAGGAUUGUAGGGAAAGAUGCCACCACUACAGUACUCCAAUUUCUGAGCAAUGGCAAGCUACUGGCACUUGAAUGCCACAAUGAUAACCUUGAUACCUAA